AUGGUUGUGGAAGGCACCGGUUCGUUCACCAUUGAAUUGCAGGUUCUUUCUACAACACAUUAUGCAGGGCAAUCUGGUCAUUCUCGCCCUGGGGUCGUUGAAGAAGCAAUUGGUGAUGAAAGGGUUAUUUAUCAAGUAGCACUACAGGUAUUCAAGGCGGGUGAAUUCGAAAUAAUUAUGACCUUACAAAGUGUUGUUUGCGAAUUUCUGCUGGAUGGUAACGGGGCGGGUUUGAGAUGGGUUUUGGUAAUCCCGCCCCCGUCCCCGAAUAUGAAAAUCGAUCCCAUCACCGGCUCAAUUCCCAACAGAUGCCAUCUUUCUCUUUCAUACAUAUCUUCUCUUCCUCAAGAAGGAAGAAACGAAGACAUGGGCAUUAUAGGAUCUUCCUGUGUUUUCAUCGUUCAUCAAAAGCUAAACUCACCAAUAUAUAAUGAGAUGAAGAUGUAUUUUUGAAGUCAUAUUUGCGUCCAGGGCCGGCCCAUGGGCCUGGGCAAGCUGGGCGACUGCCCCGGGCCCCCAAAUAACAAAGGGCCCCCAUUUUGCAUUUGCUAUAUUGAGUUAGCCCAUUAUUUUUAGCCUAGUCCACUAGUUAUCAGGCCAAAUUAUAACAUACGAGAGGAAUCGAAAAGCGGGAGCAAGAUGUCGAGCAUGCAUUCACAAAUCCCUCUUUCCAAGGCUAUCAAUGAUUUCUAUGGAGACUCCAAAUGCACCGCUUCCACUUCUCCAGACUCCACACAACGGUUACUUCUAUUCUUCUGAUUCUUUUUUUUUUUCUUUUCUGAUUUCUAAAUCUCAUUAUCCCAUAAUUUCUUCCAUCCCCUAUAAAUCUCUAAUCGAUUUUCCCUUGAGAGUUGAGAGUGCAUCAAGCGAUUCUUCAUUCUUAUUUUUGAAAUUAAUAGAGCAGAAGACGAGAUUCUUGAAUGUAUUAUGAAUCUGUGACUAAUUUAUGAAAUACCCCUAUGUUUUUUUUUUGUUUCUUUAUGAAGGAUUGAAUCAUUCUGUAGUUUGAGACUCAAAGAAUUCAAAGACUCAAAUCAUGAACUGAUUUCUGAAUCUAUCAGAUUAGAAAAUUAAGAAGACUGAAUAGUUUUGCCACAUUACGAAUUAAGAAAGAUUUGCUAGAUGAUAUUAAAGUUGAUAGAAUAAUCGAUAACUUUGCAUCUAAAAAAUUGGUAAAUGUAAUUUUUUUAGUUUUUCUUUGUUAUGUUUAUGUAUUAGGAGGGUUCAUAAUGUUUCUUUGUUGUUUUUAUAUUUAAUAGUUGUUAAGUUGUUUGGUGGCUUUUGGUCCUGUUGGGAAGCUUUUUUUUUAUUUUUAUAGUUGGGGAAUCCCCACCCUACAAUUGUAUUAUUUUCUUUAGUUAAUAAAAGUAUUCAGAG